AUGGAUGUGAAGCUGUCUAUAGGUGACCAGGAGGAGAUUUGGGAGCGGAGAAGGCAGAAACUGGAAGCGUUAAAGGGGGCCGAUCCGAGCCAGCGACAGGACGAUCCUGCACAACCUAACAAGUUCAUAGAUCCCCUGCUAUUCUCUGCCGCGAAGGAACCGGACGUCGACAAGUUCAUCAAAGCUCUGGAGGAUCAUUGCGCCAAGGAAAGAGUGUUUUUGCACGUCCUUCUCGAGCGACGCAGCCCCUCCGAGAGCACAUUGUAUCACGCUGCGGCAGAGACUGAUGAUAAUGUUAGAGCGGUCAUCCAUUUCUUCCCUGAGCACUUGACCUACUGUGCGAACUCCAGAGUAGAGACGCCGCUUCACAUUGCAGCUAGAGCCGGGAAAGCUGUUGCGGUGGAGCUUCUCAUUCGCCAAGGGGUGCUGAUAGACCCUGACCGCUGCGGCAACUCUGCUCUGCAUGAGGCCGUGAGGAAUCGCCAUCGCAAGGUGAUCGGUCAGCUGGUGAGAGAAGACCCCAGCCUGCUGUAUUGUGAAAAUAACGAAAGCAAGUCUCCAUUGUGCAUAGCAAUCGAAACAGGGGACUUGGAGGUUCUCACGCUCUUGUUGGAAGCGCCAAACAAUGGCGAAGACUGGAGGAGAUCAAAGGGCGAAAGGAUCUUCCGCAUGCCACCUGUUCAUGUGGCCAUUUUACAUACGGAAAAGGAUAUGCUGAUCAAGAUGUGGGGAAAAAGCCGUGGCUAUUUCAAUUGAGAGAUGCAGGGGAAGGAACUCCCCUCCACUUCGCAGCAUACAAAAAUUAUCUCGAUGGAGUCAAGUUCUUGAUUGGGAAGUUCCCAACAAGUGUCUUCGAGCAAGACAACAUGGGCUAUCUCCCUAUCCAUGUCGCCUGCAUAAAAGAUAAUGUCAGGAUCGUCAAGGAGCUACUUCAGCAGUGGCCAGACCCCGCAGAGUUUCCAACUGAGCUAGGACAAAAUAUUCUUCAUGUGUCAGCGAGGUACGGAAGCAUUAAAAUUGUCAAAUACAUACUGAAAAGUCCCGAAUUUGGUCACCUCAUAAAUGCAAGAGAUUUCAAUGGGAAUACCCCACUACAUCUGGCUGCGUUGCACUACCGACCUUCGGUCGUGCUUCUUGCAUGAGACCAGAGAGUUGAUCUUAAGCUGGUCAAUAAAAAUAACAUGGCGGCUC